AUGCUUCGGUUGCGCCGUUCCUUCAUAGAUAUACACGAAGAGCAGAUGCCAAAGAGCCCUGUUUUGAUUUUCGGACAAGAUGUUUCUUGUCUUCCUAAGGGCUGUAUUUUUAUGAUCGGUUCCCUCGGUAUCUUCAUUCUCUACAUCGUCUAUGGAGGCGUCCAGGAGUAUCUAUUCAAAACGCCUGGUCUCAGUGAACACUUCAUGGCGCUGACCGCCUACCAGUUCUGCCUUUACGGAAUCAUAUCAUUUAUUGAGAGCAGAAUAAUCGGUGUUGUCUACCACUCUAACUUUCCACCUUGGCUCUACUGUUCCGUUGGAAUCACUACAACGGGCACUAUCCUCCUUUCUAAUGCCGCCGUUGUCUAUCUCAACUAUCCGACUCAGGUCAUUUUCAAGUGCUGCAAGCUCAUUCCCGUAAUGGUUUUCAGCGUUGUCAUUCAAGGGAAACAAUAUAAAUUCAUCGAUUACGUUGCCGUUGCCUGCAUGAUCGUCGGCCUUAUAUUUUUCACUCUAACUGACGUCAGCGUCCAACUGACCUUCGAUAUUCGAGGUAUUUUCGCCAUCAGCUUGGCUCUCAUCUGCGACGGCUACAUUGGUAAUCUUCAAGAGCUGGCGAUGAAGUCUUAUCACAUCCCCGCCCUUCAAAUUUUGACCUACUCCUAUGCAUUUGGAUUUGUACUGAUAUUGGUACUUCUCCUCCUCACAAACAACCUCAUCUCCUCGGCUGUGUUCUUUUUUGAGCACUUCAGUGAUGUUUUCUUUUGGAGUACACUCUUCGUACUCUCUGGCUAUUUCGGCCUGCAGUUUGUUCUCCUCCUGGUGCACCACUUUGGUGCCCUUCUAGCUGUUACCGUGACCACGGUUCGUAAGGCUGUGACCAUCGUUCUUUCAUUUCUCGUCUUUCGGAAGCCCUUUUCUAUCGAAUAUGUCUGGUCUGGCUCCUUGGUGGUGAUUGGGAUAUUCCUUCACUCCUACAGCAAAAACAAUGGCCCCAAGGCCGAACGAGAUUAUGAGUCGAAGGAUGGGGAACAACAGAUUGUCUAA